GCAGAUGUGAUGGUGGAGUGAUGCAGACACUGGACACAGAGGCAGAUUAUCAGACACUGAACAGUAAGUGUUCCUGUAUGAUUCUUUUGCUUGUUAUCUGAAGCUUGUACCAUAACAUAAGGGGACUGCAGUGUUGCCCAGAGCUAACUCUUGGCCAGCUAUGAUACUGCAAACACCCAGACAGAAUAAUUAAAGCUCAAAAAUGCAAAAUGUUUUUGUAAGAUCUUGAUUUACUUUGAAUGUUUUACUUCUAUAACAGCUGCUAUAGUUACAUUGCAAUUCAUCAAAAAUGUGUUACUGAUUGUUGUUGUUUUUUGGUAGAUAUUUGCAUUCGAAUUUCAGACAGAACUUCAUGAUUAGGUGCAUGGGUACUGUUUACAUCAUUAAUUCUGUACCAUGUGUUGACAUACUGUAAGUAAAACCACACACACAACCAACUAAUAAUGUUUAAAGAAGUCAUUAUCUGCUUUUUUUGUCUCACUGAUAAAGCUGAGCACACUGUCUGGCUUAUUCAUCAGCUUUGCCAAAGCUGUAAGUCUCAGCCGUCUACAGGGGGGGUGUGAUGUUGUACUUACUUUAGUGUGUAUAGUGACAGCAUCAAUUUGUCCUUCUUUAACCAACCAGGCAUUUAUUAUUUGCCUGUUAUGAGCUGAGAGCACAGUAGCCAGAUGGAGGCUGUUGAUCUUGUUAAAAAGGUAGAUGUGAAAAAGCCAUUACCUGGACCACAGCAAACACACACACACACACACACAUGCACGAACAACUAUACGCGUGUGAGCGCGCACACAAAUGCACAUACACACAGUUUUGUGCAGUCUACCAUUCGCUAAGCUGCAAUCUGCACACUGGUCUUUGCACCUGCUGCACUUAAAGUUAUUAAGUGAUCAGUCACGAAGAAUUAUUGCGUACAGCUUGAGUUAUAUAAAUGGAAACUCCAAAGGAAAAUGGGUCUAGUUGUUGGUUUGUUUUGUUACCAAAUUUCCGUUAAAGAUCAGAAGAGUAUAGUCAAUCAUUUCUUACUGUCUAGGUUCUUGCAGUUAACGAAGAGUGCAAUUAAGUAAGAGUUAGAUGGUAGAUGUAAGUUUACAUAUAUUUGCAUACAGGUCGGCCACUGAUCGCAUAUGAUAGGCAUGAUGCGUAGUGGAGUAAGUGCUGACAUGCAAAGUUAAUGAUUGACGAAGCCUCUUACACUCAAACUAUCACAGUUGGUUGCUAAGAGCCUGAGGAGAGGAGAUAGCUUGGUUACAUGUCCAAUAGCUGAUGUGUACAUACAUUAUAGAUAUCUGGCAGGCGUAUGCAGUAUACAUACAAAAUGUGAAACCAAUGGACAUUUUAAUUAAUGCAGCAAAUAUCAGGUCUGAUUUACAGAGAUUACUGGGAUUGCUCUGUGAAUGGAAAAAUGAGAGAAUUUAAAUGCACACUCACAUAUUCUUCUUCCUGCCUGCUCAGACUAUUUCCCUUAGCUGUGUUCUCAUGCAACCAGCAGAAUAGAGGCGUGUUGCUGCCCUGGAAAGAUGGUGGGACUGAGAAACUGCUCUACAUGGGAACCAUUGCUACUCAAGGCCUCCUGCAUCAAGUCCUGUGCCAACGGCUGCUCCCUGGGCAUCACUGCACACCUUACCUAUGCUAAUGCUGACAUGGAGUCUGUAGAAGGUGUUUUUGUGUACCCUCUCGGGGAAAAGGAGGUUGUGGUCGGCUUUGAGGCUGUGAUUGCGGGCCGGUUGGUGGGGGUCCAGAUACAGAGCCGAGGGAAGCUUAAGGACUGCUGUUCGGAUUGCUUCCCUGGAUCUGGUCUUGAAGGCCACUGUGGGAAUGGCCGGGAGUGGGGCUGCUGUGGGAGCUCCAGCCUUGACAUGCAAUGCACCAACGGACAUCUCAUCCUGGACGAAGACCUUGAAAGAACCACCUUCAUCGUGAGCACAGGCGUCAUUGGCCCCAUGGAUAUAGUGUCCGUUAUCAUAAGCACCACACUCGAACUCCCCACAUUAGAAAAUGGAGCAAUCAGCAUUGUCUACCCCACAUUGCUGACACCAAUCGUCACUGGCCAGAUGACUCCAAGCAAGAGUGAAAACGGGGGGAAAUCUGAAGAAACUGGGCCAACCAGCUGCUUUGGUGCCACCUCAGGAAAACAAGACAGGGCCCUAGACUCUGAGCAGCAGUGUGCCUAUUCCAUCUUCACCAGUCCAGCUGCCAACCUGGCACCUUAUGAACUGAACUUCCAGCUACUGGUCAGAGGGGCCUGCCUACUGGCCGGACUGGAGAGCCCCACUCACGCUCUGAGGGCAGAUGCAGACCCCAGUGCCCAAAGUGCCUCUGCGACCUACAUCACCUUGGCACAAGAGCAUCCGUUUGACAGACACAUAGAGAUCAUUCUGCACCUCAGUGAACCUCACAGCCCAUUGGUCAUAUUAGAGCGAGGCAGGCUUUCGUUCAGCCAGUACGAACAGCAGAUCUACUCCCGUCGGGAUUUCAUUCGCUGCAUUCGCAAAGAUUCCCAACCUGAGAGGAAGCUGGAGUUUGUGAGGAAGCGAUACCACAAGGACAUUCUGAGCAGCCCCGUCUUGAUGCUCAAUUUCUGUCCCGACUUGCUGCGUGAACCUCUGGAGCUGCACAAAGCCACCAGAGAACUGAUGUUCCUUGUUGAUCGCAGCGGCAGCAUGAGUGGCACCAACAUCCACCAUGUAAAGGAUGCCAUGGUGGUGGCAUUGAAGAGUCUCCCCUCUGGCACCAUGCUCAACGUUGUGGGCUUUGGAACCACCAUCAAGCCUCUGUUCACCUCCAGCAAGCUCUGCACUGAUGUCACUCUAAUGCAGGCAUUAGAGUACACCCAGAGGAUGAGAGCUGACAUGCGAGGCACCAACCUGCUGGGGGCGCUGUCCUGGGUGUACCAGCAGCCAAUGCAGCGCUCAUAUCCUCGCCAGGUCUUCAUUAUCACAGAUGGAUCCAUCAGCAAUGUGGCUAAAGUGCUGGAGCUGGUCCGAAGAAACACAUGCGCUGGCAGAUGCUUUGGCCUGGGCCUUGGGCCUCGAGCCUGCAGGAGACUCUUGCAGGGCGUUGCCAAACUGACAGGAGGGACGACAGAGUUCUUGGAUGAUGAGGAGAGACUUCAGCCCAAGUUAAUAAAGUCUCUGAAAAAGGCCUUUGAACCUGUGCUGACUGACGUACGGAUUGACUGGUAUCUGCCAGAAAACAUGGAAGCUUUUCUUUCCCCCAAUGAAAUCCCUCCGCUCUACCCUGGGAAUCGUCUAAUUGGAUAUUGCACCCUAUAUGAUAUGACGAAUUUCAAAGCAAAAAGGACAGAGUCUCAAGGACGCGGCUAUAAAGGUGUACACCGAGGCUCCACGGGUUCAGUUUUUGGACAGUCAAAUGAUGAGCUUUCACCUUCCCCUGCCGCCGAGUUAAUGCCUGUGGUGACAUGUGCCGAUGGCGCCAACCUGGAGGAGGCGCUGAGGGAGAUUUCCAGGGAAAUCUCCUCUGAGUUCUCCUGCGCCAAAAACACAGAUCCUGGAACCAGCCCAGUUGUGGGGCUAGACUGGUCCAGUGACGUGAGGAGGAGGAUCCAGGAGAGCUCAUAUAUCCAGGAGCAGUACGUCCUUACUCGCUGCUCCCUCAGUAGUGAGCGGAGUCUUCAAACACAGUCCCACUCACACAUACACGCCUCGUCCAACUCUGACUCUGCAGGCGGGGUCUUUCUCCCGGACCCUCACUCCUCUGGUUCAGUGCUGGAUACUGGGUCUCUACCCCAAGGCCUUGAAAAGAUGCCCCCUCCAGAACAGAGGUCGUCCCUGUCUCGCUGGGCAGACUCUGCAUGGCAGCAAAACCUCUCAACAGAAACCCCCGAUAACGGGGCAGAAAAGAGUGAGCUUCUGGAUGGAGGAGAGGAGUCUCGUAGGAGACAUAAAGUACUUGCCCGUUCAACCAUGGCAGCACGGAGUUUCUCGUCCCCCCAGGGCGAGCUGGAGAUGCAUCGCCUGAGGAGAGCUCUGGAGAGGGUCUCCUUCGACCAAACGCUGGGAGGGAGACUGGACGAAAGCGAUGGGGAGACAAAGCCCCCAUCGAGAGGCACACUGUCCCGCCGAAGCCUCACUGACUCUAAUGGACUCCUGUUCCCUGCUUCUCCUCUGGACUGGGACAGCUUCACAGACCCAGAGUACCUCUUCACUGCUGCACCACCGGAGGAUCCUCCGCCAGGUCAAUGCCGCUCGCUCAUUCAUGGCCUGUUGAGCGGCAGACCCGUGUCCUGGGAGGUUACCGUGGACCUGGGGCACCUCUGGACCCCUGACGUCCAGGAGUCACCAGGAGUUGAGGGAUGUGGAGAAGGAGGAGGAAUAGCAGGGGAAGAAGGAAAAGGAGGGGAAACAUGGGAUGAGAUCAUUCACCAACUGACUGCUCGCUCAGUUAUUAGGGACUUUGAGAAGAUGGCAGAGAAAGAGAGCGACUGUGGACAUGGUUCAGCAAAGCGAUACCGCAUGAAGGCUAUCCAGACCAGUAAGCAUUGUAACAUCAUCUGCAUGUACACAGCCUUCACUAUCACUGAUAGCAACCCCAACAAAUGCUUGCAGGACAGCACGGACGUCCAAAACACAGGAAUGCAUUUGGGGAACAGCCGGAGUUCCCAAUCAGGUAGUCGCAAGCAGAGGGUGUAUUCUGUUGGUUUAGGCAGACGGCGCACCAGCAGAGACAGUGAAGAGGUCGAGGACGCCUGGAACUCUACAGACAGAGAUGACACCCCUGCCUCACCCUGUAGCCUUACAUCCUGGGACUCUAAUGUAGGGGGCAGUGCGUACUCUGCUACAGCGCCAGCAAUGACAGGUGCCUCAUGCACUCGUUCACAGCGAUCCAUCGAGAGCAAGUCAAUGGAAAGCUUCUUUGGCGCCAGAUUUCCAUUGGGCAGACUCAGGUCCUCCAUUUCAUCAGGAAAGCAGGUUCCUCUCAAGUCCCACUGUCUGUCCGCAGAGACGGAGAAGCAACCUGAAACUGAAGCUCCAGACUACCUGCCCUUGGUGCAUCUGCAGCUGGCAUCGGGAGCUUUUCUUCUGACAGAGAUCUACUCUGACUGUGUCCAGAUCCCCCUGGACCGCCUGAAAAGGGCUUCACCCUACAGCCUCCACCGCCGCAGUCUCAGCCCGCCAUUCCGCUGCACAUCUCCCAGUGCUCCGUCUUUAUCCGCCUCUAACAAGCCUUCUGGUGCUCCUACCAGCCACCAUGUAACAUUUUCUCCUUCUUCUUCCUCCCUUGCCAAACCAACUGCCCCUCCUUUCCACCACACUCCAGACGACACUCCCCUGAUGCUGGAACCAAGGCUACGCCGAAGACACCCGUCUGACCGAGACCCUGUCACCUCGCCCCCUGACCUCCCCAGCUCUGAGGAGGGCUCCUUGGAGCUAUCUGUCGGACCCUCUCAGAGCCUGAGCCACGGCCAGGCAGAUAGCGGGCGUGGAUCAGAGACGGAUGUAUGUGAAGGGUCCUCAAUAGAGCCAGCUGAUCUCCAAGGGAACAGCCAGUUGGCUCUAGAGGACCUGGAGGGCUCGAGCUGGGCCACAGCUGUGGCUCUAGCCUGGCUCGAGCACCGCUGUGCCGGCUACUUCAUGGAGUGGGAGCUGGUGGCAGCAAAAGCAGACUUCUGGCUGCGCUGUCAGGAGCUGCCCGAGGGAGUGGACCCGGCAGGGCUGAAGGGAGCUGCCAGACAGCUGUUCCUGCUGCUGCGCCACUGGGACGAGAACAUCAAGCUCAACAUGUUGUGUUAUAACCCAAAUAAUAUGUGAGACAAUGAUCUCUGAGGAAACCGAGUCCGAUCUACAGAUUAGCAUAAUAAUUUGUUACCGAUAACGACUCCUAAAAAGGGACGUCUCUACAUAGACGAGGAAUCCUGUAUUUUAUCUGCAGGAUCAACUAAUACUAUAACCUAGUGCCAAGUUCAUUCAAAUAUUAAGUUGCACAUGACUUUUUAAAAAAAAUCAAUUUAAGACUUUAUAUUUAUGUCGAAAGAAUAAUCUCAAAUGACAGACCAAGUGGCCUUUGAUCCUAAAUCUGUAUAUUGCUUUAUGCAAUCACAACAAUGCCUUGACCACCUGAAUGGGCUUUUUGUAGUCUAUAUGUAGUCAGCUACUUUGCCAAACGUAUAAUCACAGUCAGUGUUGAAUGAGUAUCAUUUUGAUUAUGAGGAUGAUUAUUUGAUAAACUAAUGAAAUCUUACUUUAAAUAAUGAAUGUUGGGAAAAUAAAAUAAAAAAACAGUGGAAUUCAUA